AUGGCAACGGUUGUGGUGCAGCAACAAACGCUGCGGCAUUCGACACCUCCCCCGACAGGGAAAUCCCCAGCAUUGAGCCUGAACAAAAAUUCAUCUCCAAUCCCCAACAAACAUCUACCCGUUUGUCCGUCAGGCUCAUCCUCUAUUACCUCGCAACCCACGUCCCUCGCUUCCAAGGCGGAGAACGGCGAUCCAACCUCCUCGCUUCUUUAUCCACCGGAUAAUUUCCCACAGAUUUCGGACUCGUAUCGGGUAUACGGAAUCGAACCUGAGCAGCUCGCUUCGGCCCUGGCGCAUUGGGCCUCCCAGCCUCUGCCAGACCCUAACCAGGUCUUCCCGUGGUUACAUGGACUUCACCCCGAUAAUCAUCUGCAGUUGGGAUUCUUCACGCAUCGGAAACGGUCCCUUCGACGAACCCCCCGAUGUUGGCGCGGUAUUACCAUUAUAAAGGUGGGGGGUGAUUUGAGCAGUGCUAGAAUCAAAGGUGCCGUGUCUCCAGAAGAAGUCCUCGAGUCGUCAGGCAUGGAAUUCCUUGCAGUGGAUCCUCGUGAAGGAUUCUCGGUGCGGAACUUCCAAAUUCAAACCGCGAAACUGGCCGCAUUGUCCGAUAUUGUUCUCUAUCGUGAUGAAAGUGUCAGCUAUAGACAAUUGUUGGAUGCUGCGGAAGGAGCUGCGAUUGCCCAAGCCCGGUGGCAGUUUCAUAAUGACCCGGAGCACAUUUUACCGGCGUAUAAUACUUUUGUUGUCUCUUGUCCUUUCUCGGAAAUCGAGAAGAAGUCACCGAGCUUGGUUGCCAUCAACUCUCAGGGUCACCUAACUGGACAUGUCAUGGAUUUUUUUCAAUGGGAACGGAUUGAAAUGUGUGAAAUGUCGCGGGCUUCAGAAGUAUCAACCAAUGUUUGGCAGGGUCCGACCCCUGAUAGUCUGUUAAGACCUGAUUCCUGCCAGCCUACAUUGGGCGAACCCUUUGAUCUUUUGAUUGAGUCGAGUGAUCAGGCGAAUAUCCCGGGACCGCGCUAUCUCGCUAGACUCGAUAAGCAGCUCGAACUUGGACCUCAGCGAUUGGAUUUCCCUUCAUCUGGAUCUAUUCUUCUUCCGUCAGGUGAGAAUCGAGAGUUGGAUGACCUUGUGAGCACCAUUCGGUGGAUCUACUAUCUGGCAAAUCCAGAUGAACCCGAUCAUCAUCCCGAUGCUAACGGGGAUAUUACGAUGACUUCUCUCUCACAAAGACCACGCAAGAUCCUCAUGCAUUGCCCCGAUGGAUAUACUGAGAGUUCGUUGUUGGUGAUUGCAUACGUGAUGUUCGCAGAAGGCAUACCAGCCCACGACGCCUGGCUCAGACUCCAUUGCGACAAGAAACGGAAUUUCUUCGCUUAUCCAUCUGAUGUCACGUUCCUAACCGAUGUACAAGACAGACUGCUACGUGAGAGUCCUGCAACACGGUCACACAAACUCACUGUCUCCCCUGCUCCAUCUUGGUUCGACUACUGCGAUGGCUCCCUCCCAAAAAUGCUUUGGGAACUUGGCAUCAGACGUGUAUUGAGUAUUGGCGAAUCUGUUACGUGGAAUGAUUCGGACAUUGCCAGGAUGGGCUCGGAAAACAUCAUGCAUAUCAAUCGGGUCCAGGACAAUGGCAUAGAUCCGUUGACUCAGGAAUUUGACCGAUGUCUAGAGUUCAUUCGUUAG